AUGGCUCCGAAGAAGAAAGCUGUUCCUGUGCCCGCGCCGCUCACUCCUCCACCACCGGCAUCUGCAGCGGGGAUGUCAGAAUCGCAGAAUUCGGUGUCGCCGAAUAGGAGAGGACGCAAGCCUGGAGAGAGGAGAAGGAAACGCAAUGCUGAGACGUAUAAUACAUAUAUUUUUCGAGUGCUGAAACAAGUUCAUCCUAAUAUGGGCAUUUCUAAGAAGUCGAUGAUGAUUAUGAAUUCAUUUGUGAAUGAUACGUUUGAAAAGAUUGUUUCGGAGGCGGCGAAGUUGUGUAAAUAUUCAACUAAAGGGACGCUCUCGAGCAGAGAAAUUCAGACCGCUAUUCGUUUGGUCCUCCCAGGAGAGCUGGCAAAGCAUGCCGUGAGCGAAGGCACGAAGUCUGUGACGAAAUAUACUAGCGCAAAUGCAUGA